AUGGAGGAGUUGGAGGAUAUAAACUACCCUCGAGAUCCAACAGCGAAGUUCCACCAAAGAGGACUCCUGGACUGCAAGUCAGUUGAGACACCAAUCUUAGUGAAUCACGGCUUACAAAUCUCAGAAGACACGGAACUGGCAAACCAAGGCAAAUAUCAACGCCUAGUUAGGAAACUCAUCUACCUCUCCCACACUAGACCUGAUAUUGCUUAUGCGGUGGGGAUUGUGAGUCAGUUCAUGCAUAGACCACAUAAGGAUCACUAUGAAGCUGCAUUAAGAAUUGUCAAAUACCUCAACAGAGCUGUUAGACAUAGAAUAAUGUUCAAGAAGAACGAACAAAGAGGGGUUUACGGAUAUACUGAUGCUGAUUGGGCAAGCAAUCCAGUAGAUAGGAGAUCGACAACCGGCUAUUUCACCUUUGUUGAAGGUAAUCUAGUCACUUGGAGGACUAUAAAGCAGAAGGUGGUCGCUUUAUCCAGUGCUGAAGUAGAAUUUAUAGUGAUCAAAAGCGGACUAAUGGAGAUAUUAUGGCUGAGAAGAUUGAUGAAAGAAAUUGGACUCGCUCCAGACAAGAGUCACAUUUUUGUGACAAUAAAGCGGCAAUCAGUAUCUCUGAGAAUCCAGUGCAACAUGUGUUAG